GUGUACGCUACUUGACGUCUGUCAAACUGUUAUCAGGAAUACACGCAAGUUGUGAGAGUGUUUUGUCACAGUAACGCGCCCUAAAGUCGAGUGAGGACGUGUGAAAAUGGCCACUCUAGUAUUCGUUAAGAAUACAACAAAGGUUACGACGAGGCGAUGUUUUAUUUCAAAUUUAAAGGGGCUUUUGAGAGCCGGAGAGUGCCAUUCGUCUCGUUCGCCGCACAUGAGUUCCUGGUCGUCCAGGACUACUGGCGUACGGUUCAUGUCCCAAGGGACCGCAGGCAGAACGUCAGCCGGCGGACGGAGCAGCAGACGGGGAGCUCUGGCGCUGAGCGGGGCCGCUGCAGUCACUGCAACCGCUGCAGUCGCCGGCUUAUUGGCCAACGUCAACCACUUCCAGCGGGCCGAGAUGGCGACUGUGGUACCCCGAGCUGCAGAGGAGGACAAGAACCAGGAACAGGGGGACAUCUUGGAGAGGUGUCAGGGAUUCAUGUCUCCUCCGGUCACUGACGUCGCCGUGCUGCAGGCGAGGAAAGGCGAGAUGUGCACCAGGAUGGAGAUGCUCAUCAUGGAGACGCAGGCAGAGUUCUGCAAAGCUUUGGAGGCGGUGGACGGUGGGACGUUCACGGUGGAUCGUUGGGAAAGAAAAGAAGGUGGUGGUGGGAUCAGCUGCGUGAUGCAGGAUGGUGAAGUGUUUGAGAAAGCCGGAGUCAAUGUGUCUGUGGUCUUCGGAAACUUGACUGAAGAGGCAGCCAAGCAGAUGAGGAGCAGGGGCAAGGUCCUCAAAGGGAAAGAUGGCAAGCUGCCAUUCUGUGCUAUGGGCGUGAGCUCCGUGAUCCACCCCAAGAACCCGCACAUCCCCACCGUGCACUUCAACUAUAGAUACUUUGAGAUUGAGGAGGAAGACGGCUCCAAACAGUGGUGGUUUGGUGGCGGCACAGACCUGACUCCAAUCUACGUCAAUCAAGAAGAUGCAUUUCACUUCCAUAACACACUAAAGGAGGCCUGUGACAAGCACCACUCGCAAUACUACCCCGACUUCAAGAAAUGGUGUGACAGAUACUUCUACGUCCGCCACAGAGGAGAGACUCGAGGCAUCGGGGGGAUCUUCUUCGACGACCUGGACGGCCCCAGUCAGGAGGAGGCUUUUGGUUUCGUCAAGAGCUGCGCUCGCACUGUGGUCCCCUGCUACCUGCCCAUAAUUUACAAACAUCUCCGUGACCCUUUCACCGAUGAGGAAAAGGACUGGCAGCAAGUGCGACGAGGAAGGUACGUGGAAUUCAACUUGGUGUACGACAGGGGAGUGAAGUUCGGCUUGGCCACGCCGGGAUCCCGAAUUGAGAGCAUCCUCAUGUCCCUUCCCCUCACCGCCAGGUGGGAGUACAUGCACGAGCCCGCCGUCGGAACCCGAGAGGCCGAGAUGCUGGAGGUGUUACGAAACCCAAAAGAGUGGCUGUGAGUCAUUACAUGUCAAAAUGGACGCAACAUCCAUGUUGUGCUCGGUAACAGUGCUGUUUCUGCAGGAGGUUCCUUGACAUGUUUUUUGUUGUUGUAAUUACUGUUGUCAGUUACUGAAAGUUCAAGUAAAAAAAAAAAAAAAAGCAACCUUGCCUGUUGGCCAUUUUGCUUGCUGUUGGUCACUCCAAAUUGACACAUCCCUUUGUGUUGUGCUAAAUAGCUCGCCUUACUUGAAGCCUUUUUCUUUUUUACGUAUAUAAUAUCCCGUAUGCGCCUCACGUACAAUAAGGGCACUUCCUUACUAUGAAUAUGUCAAUAUUUUAAGGUUCACUUGUUUUUCUGGCUGAUUACUCAAUAUUUGGUUUAACCGUCAGAUAAAUAUUUACCGUUGGGAUCAUGUUGCGUGCAAAGUUGGAAGGUCGAUGCCCAAGGACAAAUAUUACAAAUCUCACAUUUAGCUGCUUGUUUGAAAUAAUUUAAACUAGAGGACGCAAUUUCUGAGAAAUUGCGUGUGAAGGCGAAGACGGUGAAUAAAAAACCUGGGGAAUGUUAUGGAAGAUCAGUAGGCAUAAGCUGAAUAUAAUUUAUAGGUGGAACGGUUUGAAUCUGUCAAAAUAUAGAAAUUAGAAGGGUAAAAUUAAAUUUUAUAAAAAAAUUGUCGAAAUUUUAAAGGUGAAAAUGUGAAUUUUUUAAACUUGGCAAUUUUAGGAAUGUUGAAAAUCCUCGCCAAUGUGAAUUGAAUGAGUUGACUGAUGUGAAUUUCAAAUGGGAAUAAUGUAAAUGUGCCAUUAAUAAUGAAUGGUGAAGAUUUGGCUGAAAAUAUAAACAUAAAUGGUUUGCAUAAAAGGUAUAAGGUUAGUUUGAAGUUGACUUUUUUUAUUACAAACCAUUUCACACAUUUGUACAUGAUAAUAAAGACUUCUUACAGGUUCCCUUA